AGCCGCAUUCCUGGGAUGCCGCGAGCGCUGGACACGGCCGCGGCCCGGAACGCGCGACGUCAGCGCCGCGGCGCACGCGGCGGCCCCGCGCCCCAUAUAAGGCGGUCGCGCCCGCCGCUGCCUCAGACCGCGCCGGCCCCGCUCGCGCUCGCAGCCUCCCGCCGUCCCUCGCUUCCCGCACCGCCGGCGCUAGACAUGGGCUCCGCGGGCACCCGCCCCGCUCUGGCGGCCGCUCUCCUCUGUUUGGCCCGCCUGGCUCUGGGCUCGCCCUGCCCCGCCGUCUGCCAGUGCCCGGCGGCCGUGCCGCAGUGCGCCCCGGGCGUGGGGCUGGUGCCGGACGGCUGCGGCUGCUGCAAGGUCUGCGCCAAGCAGCUGAACGAGGACUGCAGCCGGGCGCAGCCCUGCGACCACACCAAGGGGCUGGAGUGCAACUUCGGCGCCAGCCCCGCCGCGCUGAAGGGCAUCUGCAGAGCACAGUCUGAGGGGAGACCGUGUGAAUAUAACUCCAAAAUCUACCAGAAUGGCGAAAGCUUCCAGCCGAACUGUAAACACCAGUGUACGUGCAUAGAUGGAGCUGUGGGCUGCAUCCCGCUCUGCCCGCAAGAGCUCUCUCUUCCGAACCUGGGCUGUCCCAGCCCCAGGCUGGUCAAAGUCCCCGGGCAGUGCUGCGAAGAGUGGGUCUGUGAUGAAAGCAAGGAUGCGCUGGAUGAGCUGGAAGGCUUCUUCAGCAAAGAGUUUGGUCCAGAUGAUUCCGAAGGCGAACUAACCAGGAACAACGAGCUAAUUGCUAUUGUGAAAGGAGGCCUGAAAAUGCUACCUGUUUUUGGAUCUGAGCCACAAAGCCGAGCUUUUGAGAAUCCCAAAUGCAUUGUGCAAACAACCUCCUGGUCCCAGUGCUCAAAGACAUGUGGAACUGGCAUCUCCACAAGGGUUACCAACGACAAUCCUGACUGCAAGCUCAUCAAAGAGACCAGGAUAUGUGAAGUGAGGCCAUGUGGCCAGCCUAGCUAUGCCUCCCUAAAGAAGGGAAAAAAAUGUACCAAGACUAAGAAGUCCCCAUCCCCAGUGAAGUUUACUUAUGCCGGAUGUUCCAGCGUGAAGAAGUACCGCCCCAAGUACUGUGGCUCCUGUGUGGAUGGCAGGUGCUGCACGCCCCAGCAGACCAGGACUGUCAAGAUCAGGUUCCGCUGCGAUGAUGGGGAAACCUUCACCAAGAGCGUCAUGAUGAUCCAGUCCUGCCGAUGCAACUACAACUGUCCGCAUGCGAAUGAAGCUUAUCCCUACUACAGACUAGUCAAUGACAUUCACAAAUUUAGGGACUGAGUUGUGUUGGGGGUGGGAUGCUAAACAGAAUGUUGAAGUAACCAUCCAUGGAGAAAGGACCUUUGAUGGAAAUGGUGCCUUGCCCAUUUGAGGUCAGCAUUGAGAUGUUACAAGAGUGCACUGUGCAACUGGACACUAAUGCAACAGAGAUUUAAGCAUACUUAAAGCUUCAUAGUACUGGAGCAACUUUACUGCUUCUUUUUGGAGCACCUUAUCUAAUUAUAUACUGUUUUCUGUUUGUAAGUGAUCAGAUAAAUGUUUUGUUUUGGUUAUGAAAACAUCUUUUCUAUCCUGUUCAAUUUAACACUUUGCUUCUCCCUCUCCCUCCAUCUCUUCCCACCCUUUCCCAACCAACUUGGAAGUUACAUUCCUUCCUGAGAUGGGCACUUGUGGGGUGUUCAGUGGCAGCUAUUAUGUACCAACUGUAGUUUAAUGGCAAACAGAAAUCAGUUGUUUUAAAGCUGAGUAUUUUAUUUAUCAAACUGUAGCUUUUGUGUUUUUCUUUGAGUUGUUGUUUUUGUUGGUUUUUUUUUUUACCCCUUCCAGACCCUGUAAUACUGGAAUAAGUUGUAAAUGAUUUUAAUUUUAUAUUCAAUGAAUUCAAAGAAUUUAUUUAUGGAAUUAAUCAUUUAAUAAAGAAAUAUUUACC